CACCUUCAUAAAAAAUUCAGUCAUAUACAUUUUACCUUCUUUUUAGUUUUAUUAUUUUUUUGUUCCUACGAUUCAAAAAGGCAAAUUUACAUCUUUUGAAAACUAUCAUGGAGGGUGAUUUUAGUAUCAUUCCUCAACUCUUCCUCGACCCAACUUCCCCAAGCUUUGAUGGUCUCUUUCCCUGCCCUACGGAGCCGUGGGGAGACUUGCCGUUCCAAUUUAACGACUCCGAGGACAUGAUGGUCUACAAUUUCCUCCAUGACGCCGUUAACACCGGCUGGUCUCCGUUAGAUUUAACUGCCACCGCUGUCUCCUCUGUUAAAUCCGAACCCGGCGACCCGUUUGAUUUGGUUCCACUUCCGACCGUAGAAGUCGACCCGGUAAUGUUUGCCCCACAAACUCUGGUCCAUAAUUCAUUUUUGGAAAACGCUUAUUUCGCUUUUAAUCAAAACGAUAUCCACCACCACCACGAGAACGAUGUCGUUUUGAGGAAGCAGCAAAAGUGUUUCCGAAAUGCCAACCGCAGGGCGAACAAAGGGAGGCAUUAUAGGGGCGUGAGGCAAAGGCCAUGGGGAAAAUUCGCGGCUGAGAUACGCGACCCGGCUAAGAAUGGAGCCAGAGUCUGGCUUGGCACGUACGAGACGGCUGAGGAAGCUGCUUUGGCUUAUGACCGAGCCGCUUUCAAGAUGCGUGGUUCCAAAGCUUUGCUUAAUUUUCCACACCGAAUUGGCUCCGGUGAGCCUGAGCCGGUUAGGAUCACGGCUAAGCGCCGAGAAGUACCGGACUCUGUUUCGACGAGCCGAGAUAGUGGCUCCAUGAAGAAGAGGAAAAGCUUAGCGGCUGAUGGUGAAGCCGAGUUCGGAAGAGAGAGAGGAUUCAAUGUGUUUCCCAGGACCCAAUAUCCUAUAGGUCUGCCAUUUGGCGAGCAGUUAUUGGUUAGCUAAAAUACUUUUAGAAUAUGAUUGUGCACACUUGAGUUCUGAAGUACUUGCUUUUGUAAAUAGGAGCUAAAGUUUUGCUUACUCUUAAGAUUAAAAUUUGCAAAAGCUAGAAUUUUUUUUUUUUUUUUUUCCUGAAAAGGAAUCCGGGCUUUAUAAUGUAUGCCCAAAAUUUGGAGAAUAUAUUUCCAUCUAAAAUAUAUAUAAAUAUAUGGAUAAUAAUAAUAUUGGCGAAGAAAAACUGUAUUUCUUCA